CACACACCACACACACAGACGAGGCAGAGUGAGCGCAUAAGGGAGUUAGCUCGGGCCAAUAGAAACAAACGGGUCGGACACACUGGCCCGAUUCAAACGUGCCACGCUGAGGAAGAGGAAGAAGCCCCUGACCAUUCUUCAGAGGAAGUGAGUCACAAUGUUGUGGAGCUUCAUCGUCCUCGGUGCCGUCUUCAAUGCCGGGCACACGUCGCCAACCCAGAGACCAUCGACCCGAAGCGGAGCCAUGGAAGGGAGACCCUGUCGCUUCUCCAACGCGGGCCGCACGGCAGAUUGCCUGGGCGGGCAACUGGAGAGUGUCCCGUGGAGAUACUUCCCGUCCACACUGGAAGACAUCGACCUGUCCUACAAUAAACUCCAAGAAAUCCAUUCGGAGGACUUCCGACGUCUCCCUCGCCUCCGUGUGCUGAAUCUGCAGUACAACAACAUCUCGCGCAUCGACGACGCUGCCUUCGGAAACAACAACCUGCUCGAGCAUCUGAACAUCUUCAACAACUCCCUGAAAGAGAUUCCUGCCUCGGUUCUGACGUCUCUGCUGAACUUAAAGUAUCUCUACAUGUCCAACAAUCUUUACACGCGUGCUACAUUAUCCGAGGGAUUUUCUAGGCUGACUAAAUUGAAGGUUCUGUCCUUGGGUGGCCCUCUGGUGGAGGGUCUAAAGAGGGAAGACUUUCGUCCACUGAUGAAGAUCAAGUUACAAGGUUUCGCUAUCAAAUGCUCCACCAAUUUAAGUUACUAUGAGCCUGGAAGUCUACGUAUUGUCCAAACUGAACAGAUGGGCUUCGACGUGGCCAUCGACCAGCGGCCUGGCACUCUGCUUCACAUGCUGCAAGACCUCGCCAACAAGAGCUUCAGUGCCCUCCAGUUCCGCAACCUCUUCGAGUUCACAUACUACACGGGAGACGAGGACAUCUUCCAGGGUUUAGGGGACAUCACAGUCUACCAGUUAGUCUUCCACAGAGGAAAGUUCAAUGAGAACCUCUUGAGGAUGGCCCUGACCAACCUACAAGUCGCCCCUAUAAAGAGGGUCCGGUUCCAGUACAUCGACUUUGCACGCUCGCAAAAAUUCACCGACAGCGGCGCCAAAUCCAGCAUCACCGACCUGAAGCUGGAAAAGCUGGAUCUGUGGUACAUCAGCAAUCCCGACAUACUGCGGUUUGACUGGCGCUUCACUUGGUUCAACAAGGUCAAGCAGCUGUCCAUUGGUUACGUAUACUUCAACUCUGUCCCUUGCGACGCCUGGGUGGAGAUGAGUGGUGUGGAAAUCCUGGACGUCUCCAACAACCGCCUACGGGAUACCUACAUAUUCAACCAGCUGUGCGACUACCGGGGCUCCAUGACCAGUCUUCACACCUUCAACAUGAGCACCAACGAGCUGACCAGCUUGAAAGACUUGUCGGCACUGACCAGGCAGUUUCACCGGCUGCAAGUCUUGGAUUUCAGUCACAACCAGCUGGGAUCCGUCGAAAGCAGCCGGGGCUGCAUCUGGCAAACGAACAUCACCACAGUCAUCGCUCACCACAACCAGUUUACCACAGAAGCCCUUGCUUGUCUGCCCACCACUGUCCACUUUUUGGACCUGUCCUCGUGUAACCUAGACCAGCUAAAUGUCACAUACUUCGAGAAGGCCAUAAACCUGAAGGAGUUGCUUCUAAGCGACAACAAAAUCAAGUUCAUCCCAUCCAGGUGGGAGAGUCCGUCGCUGUUCAGGCUGGCUUUGGACGGGAAUUCCUUUGGUCUCAUCAGCAAGGAAUCUUUUCAGCACAUGCCUGGACUCUCUCACCUGAGGGCUGGGAACAACCCCUACCACUGCACCUGUGAGCUUCACGCCUUUAUUGAGGACACCAAAGGGCGGGUCAACCUAACGGACUGGCCCGAGAACUACAAGUGCUACCACCCAGAGCAAUUCCUCAACACUGUCAUAUCCAAAUACCUCCCAAGCGAGGUGGCAUGCGACGUCAGACUGGUCAUCAUCAUCAGCGUCGCCACCACCACGGCGGUCCUCCUCAUCCUGAUGCUCAUCUGCUACAUUUUCGACCUGCCGUGGUACACCAAGGCCACUUAUCAGAUCAUUAGGGCCAAAUACAGAGCACACAAGGAGCGAGCUGCCGGAGAAGCCGGCCCUUUCGCCUAUCACGCCUUCAUAUCCUACAGCCACUGGGACGCCGACUGGGUGAGGGAGCAGCUGCUGCCAUGUCUGGAGAACAACCGGAACCCUUACCGACUGUGCAUUCACGAGAGGGACUUCAUGCCAGGACGUUGGAUCAUCGACAACAUCAUCGAGAAUAUUGAAAGCAGUCACAAGGUCAUAUUUGUGCUGUCACGGCAUUUUGUCAACAGCGAAUGGUGCAACUACGAGCUGUACUUUGCUCAGCAGCGAGCCAUGGGCAAAACGUUCAGCGACGUCAUCCUGGUGGUGAAGGAACCCAUCGAUCCGGGUUCCUUGCCCAGUAAGUACUGCAAGCUGAAGAAGAUGCUGAGCACCAAGACGUACCUGGAGUGGCCUCAACAGGCCAACCAGCAGGCUUUCUUCUGGGCCCAGUUGAGGAGCGUCUUGGGCAAACCCACCAGGCAUAGCACCCGGAGUAGGAAUUCCUCCAUCGGGGGCCACUCGCUGAAGGAGCCUACGGGGCCGGAAAUGGCCGAUCCUGAUGGAGGAGCGGAAUACGUUAAAGAUGAAAUGUUCAAUGGAAGACAAAUCCCUGUGGUGGCGUGAGCCCCUUGGUAAACCAAAACGCCUGGACACAAAAGGGCCCACGUGAACACGAUACUCGGAUGCUGAAAAGGUUCGACCCCCGCUGUGCACUUGGUUGAAGCCGCCAG